AAAGAACCGAUUUGUGAAAUUGAAUCGAACCUACCAGCCAUGCGUACUAACUUCCGGCUAAUAAUGUACAGAGAUAGCGCUGUCGGUGCUUUCACCUCAAAGUAGCAAAUAUUAGGCGCCUGUUUUAAAAACGCAAGAGGCGUGACAGUUUGUGAUUGACUCUGGGCGCAAAGGAUGAACAUCAUAUAACCUCACGACGCUAUUAACGGCAUCUUUAUAGCUGCACCAAUGCUCGCUUUUGGUUUAACGAUAGUCCGACAUGGUGAGACGCAGUGCAACAAAGAUGGCCUUUUGCAAGGUCAAAAAAUUGACUCUCCGCUUUCUGAAAUUGGGAUACAGCAGUCUGAGGCUGCUGGUCAGUACCUCAGGGAUGUAAAAUUCACAAAUGUGUUUAUCAGUAACAUGAAACGUGCCAAGCAGACUGCAGAGAUCAUCGUGAGGAACAACAGAACCUGUCAUGAUAUAGAACUAGUAGCAGAUCCAUCACUUAAAGAGAGAAGUUUUGGUAUAGCUGAGGGAGGUCGAGUCAUAGAAAUGAAAAAUAUGGCUAAAGCAGCCGGACAACCUUUACCAGAGUUCACGCCACUUGAGGGAGAGACCAUGGAGCAGGUAAAAGUGCGAAUCAAGGAUUUUCUCAAGGCUAUGUUCCAUCGAAUAGCUAAUGAAUAUCAAGACAAAAUACAAGAUGGUGAAACAUCCCUACCAGAUGAAACCGAUAGGGCUCCAGCAGGACUUCCAGAUGAUGGAGUCUUGAAUGUACCUGUCCAUGCCUUGGUGGUUGGCCAUGGGGCUUAUAUGAGCAUAGCUAUGAAGUAUUUCUUUGAGGACCUGAAGUGCCCCAUGCCCCGUGGUUUAGACCCUUCUCAGAGGUAUUCCAUCUGCCCCAACACCGGAAUGUACCGAUUUCUUAUCACUUUGAAAUGUAGUAAUGCAGAUCCUGCACUUUCAGAUGUGAAAUGUGUGUUCAUCAAUAGAAGAGAUCACAUCAAGGCUUAGAAUUAGAUUAAGAACAACAGUUUUAAAAUUUAAAAGGAAAAAUGUAAGAAAUGAACAGUUUACGUGUGUUAUGCAAAAAAAUAAGUCAUAUUGUAUUCAAGCACUUUGACCAGAUUACAAAAUUUUGUGAUAGACAAACUUUUGG